AUGCGGUUUUGUAGCGGUGCUUGGAUCGUGGCGUUCUUGCUACAGCUGGCUUCCGGUCAAAAUCGCACUCGACCUCCGCUCACAAAUCUUAUACUCGGCGUGCUAAAGCGGAACAUUGACUGGGAUAAAAACCCAUGCGACAACUUCUUCCAACAUGUCUGCCCUCUAACCGCAACCGGGCCAUUUGCUUACAGCUAUUCCCUAUCGCCAGCCAUCAGGGAUUACAUUGAAGGGGCUCAAAAGCCAAGCUCGGCCGAGAUUGCUCUGAAGAGGAUGGUUCGGGAAAUGGAAGGUCAACCAAGCACCGAUAUGAUUGAGGAUCGUGAACUGGAGCGGGUUUCUGGUUUUGUGGCCGGCCUGCGCAUUCACACCGGCAUUAUGGAUUACCUAACGAAUGAAUUGACCCCUGAGGAGCUGCACGAUUUUUCCAAUUACGCACCGACGGUGGAUGACUUGAUCCGCAUUAUUGUGCGUCAGGUAGAGGUAGAAAUCGGGCCGUCUGAUGAACGAAACAAGCCUGCAAAUAAUGCGCGACACAGUUCGCACUAUCCAAACAGCAAUCUUGAAGCC